AUGCGUACAUUUGAGGUGAACAACAAUGGUGUGGUCUCCUUCGGCGUGCAAGUCUCGCAGUACACGCCUGAUCCUUUCCCCUUGGAUGAUGGGUGUCCCUUCGUGGCCCCAUAUUGGGGUGAUGUUGACAAUACUAAAAGUGGAGAUGUCUUUUGGAGGCAGACUAAAGACCCAGCAAUUCUCAGUCGCUGCACCAGAGACAUCAAUCAGUACUUCCCUGAGAUCUCUUUCACAGCAGAGUGGGCUUUCAUUGCUACCUGGGACCGGGUGCCCUUCUUCGGAUCUCUUUCAGAUAAGGUCAACACCUUCCAGGCUGUCUUGACCACCGAUGAAAAAAUAUCCUUCAUCUUGAUGAACUAUUUUGACAUCCAGUGGACCACAGGGAUAGGAAGUGGAGGGGAUCUUCUGACAGGCCUUGGAGGAACUCCGGCACAGGCUGGAUUUGACAGUGGAGACAAAAAAAAUUAUUACAACAUCCCAGGUUCUCGCACCCCUGAAAUCCUCAACAUUGGAGAAACCAGCAAUGUGAAUGUGCCUGGGCGCUGGGUGUUCCAAGUGGAUGAAUUAAUUGGAGUCCCCACUGAGAAAAUGGAGUGUUUGCAGUGAAAGCUCUUCUCAUUCAGAGGAUCUCCUCCUUAGUCACCAGCAACAAGGCAGGACAUACUCAAAUUCUUUCAAGCAUUCCUCUGCUGCCCCCUACAGGCAGGGAGGUUUCUGGAACUGCUGUUAACACCAAUAAAUGAUCCUGCACACA